UUUUUUUGCUCCAACAUUUCUCAAAAAUCUCCAUUUUUGCCCUGAAUCUGCUAUUGUAUUUCAUUUCUUAACAUUUCAUCUUGAUUUUUUUGGUUAAUUUUACAUUUUUUUUUGUUUCUCGGAGAAUUUGAAAUGGAAAGUGAAAGUCCAACAGAGACGAAGAAAGGCAAAUCAAAAACUCCAAAAAAAGCAAAAGAAAGCAUUCUUAAGCAAAAGUCUCCUGCUGAGUUCUUCGCAGAGAACAAGAACAUUGCUGGUUUUGAUAAUCCUGGGAAAUGUCUAUACACAACCGUCAGAGAAUUAGUUGAAAAUGCGUUAGAUUCAGCAGAAGCAAUAUCUGAGCUUCCAGUGAUAGAAAUAACAAUAGAAGAGAUUGUCAAAAGUAAAUUCAAUUCCAUGAUUGGGCUUGUUGAUAGAGAACGUGUUGAUGAAGCAUUAUAUGAUGAUUAUGAGACAGCUAAGGCCCGUGAGAAAAGGCUAGCAAAAGAAGCUCGAGCUCAAGAAAUACAAGCAAAGAAUGCUGCCCUUGGGAAGAAAGUCAAAGAACAUGCGGUUUCCAAGAGUUCCAAGGGUCGAGGCGAAGCUUCUUUUUACAGGGUGACAUGCAGGGACAAUGGAAGAGGCAUGCCACAUGAUGACAUCCCAAACAUGUUUGGACGAGUUCUGUCUGGCACAAAGUAUGGAUUGAAACAGACACGAGGGAAGUUUGGUCUUGGUGCAAAAAUGGCAUUAAUUUGGUCCAAAAUGAGUACAGGCCUGCCGAUUGAGAUCUCAUCAUCAAUGAGGGGUCAAAAUUAUCUCUCAUUCUGUAGGUUGGAUAUAGACAUUCAUAGGAACAUUCCUCACAUUCACUUGCAUGAAAAACGUGACAACAAGGAUAAAUGGCAUGGAGCAGAAAUUCAAGUGGUCAUUGAGGGAAAUUGGACAACGUACCGUUCCAAGAUAUUGCAUUAUAUGAGACAAAUGGCUGUUAUCACCCCAUAUGCUCAAUUUCUAUUUAAGUUUGUAUCGGACGCCCCUGAUAAAAAUGUCACCAUAAAGUUUGCACGGAGGACAGAUGUAAUGCCUCCAGUCCCUGUUGAGACAAAGCACCAUCCUUCUUCUGUUGACAUACUACUAAUCAAACGUCUUAUUGCUGAAACUUCAAAGCAAAACCUAAUGCAGUUUCUUCAGCAUGAAUUUGUAAAUAUUGGAAAACCCCUUGCUGAGCGAUUAAUUGGAGAAAUGGGUCCAGAAUUUAGUCCAAAAAUGGCUGUUAAAUCUCUCACCGAUCAGCAAAUUGUUCGAAUUCACCAGUUAUUUCGUCAAGCUAAAUUCGAUGACCCCAGUGGUGAUUGUCUAAGCCCUGCUGGUGAAUACAAUCUUCGGUUAGGAAUUAUUAAGGAGCUACAUCCUGACAUGGUUGCAACUUAUUCUGGCAGUGCUCAAGUGUUUGAGGGACACCCAUUCAUUGUGGAAGCUGGUGUUAGUGUGGGUGGAAAAGAUGUUAAACAGGGUUUGAAUAUUUUCCGAUUUGCAAAUCGAAUACCGCUUCUUUUUGAGCAAGGUGGCGAUGUUGUCACGAGGACUGCGCUAAAGAGAAUCAGUUGGAAUAAUUACAAGAUCAACCAAACACAAGAUAAAAUUGGUGUCUUUGUGAGUAUUGUAAGCACGAAAAUUCCGUUUAAAGGGACUGGAAAGGAGUACAUCGGGGAUGAUAUCAGCGAAAUAGCUAGUGCUGUCAAAUCUGCAAUUCAGCAAUGCUGCAUCCAGCUGAAGUCGAAAAUAGUAAAGAAAAUGCAGGCGCGUGAACAACAAGAGAGAAAACGAAAUUUGAGCAAGUAUAUCCCCGAUGCCUCAAAUGCCGUUUACAAUGUUUUGCAAGAAAUGGCAAAGUCACAUGCAUCGAAAAAGAAACGUUACGAGGAAGGAGAUGCAGAUAUUCUUCAAAAAGUAUCCGAUCAUUUGAUUACCAAAGAAACACUAUAUGAAAAGCUCACUCAACAUGUUGAAAAGGUGGAUUACGAGAUGGCAUUAGAAUACGCAACGCAAACCGGAGUACGAGAAGAACCGAGAGAAGAUAUAUAUUUACAGUCUCUAGAUGGUAAAGGUAACUUUUUUGAUUUCCAUAGUCCCAUAUUUGUCUUUAGACUCUUUCUAUAGUGAGUUUGCUCUACACUUAAUAACACUAUUUCUAAUUUGCAACCUAGAUACCUCAUUUUUUUACUCCAUUUUUACUGUAUUCGUAUCCCUACAAAUAAAACUAGAUAAUUGUGUUGAGUGUGAAUUUACAUGAUUAGCCUUGAUAUCAUAAAAAGUGAUAUUUUCUAUUA